GGUCUGACUGCACUAAAUAUCAAGUCUUCGCAUCUUCCUGGCCCAUCGUUUCAAUUCCAUUCUGGGCCGCUUGUUACAAAGCUGCUCGAAGGCACACGCUCUCCUACCGAUGACAGGGUCCUUCACCCCUCUCUUACGAAUUCAAUGUACCUUCUUGCUUGCCAUGUUAGUGGAGGCUCUAUGUCUUCAUAUGAGCCAUUUUUUGUAGCUCGGACGCGCGCAGAUCUGGAGACUUCAUUAGCUUUCGUUGAUCGUCUUGUGGACUUUCUUGUCGCAUCGACUCUGCUUGGAGUCUACUUUACUCGCACUCGUCGGUAUCCCGAAGCCUACACGACCUUAUCCGGUGCCAUUCGAUUCGCUAUCGCUUGUGGGUUGCAACCAUUGACUGCUGCUCAGCAUCAAGGUGGCAGCGCAGGGUUGCUGCCUCCUCCCAGAGACGAUCUCGAGAUAAUCGAACGGAGGCACGCCUGGUUCGCAUUGAACGCGGCAGAUCGCAUUCUCACAAGAGAAUCAGGAUUGCCCAGCUCGUUGCCUGAAGAUGCGCUUGCUGAAAUCUAUAGAUCCGCAUGCGACAUCAGUUUUCCCAUUAAUGGCCUGGAAGCCUCUGCUUCCGAAUGGAUCCAUCACCAGGCUGCGACCAAUGCGUUUCUCAACCCUGGCAUAUUUGACGUCAGCAGAGAAAUGGAUCAUGUCUGUCUCAGAGCCAAGAUGGAAUUGCUUUUUGAAGGCAUACGACUCUUCCGUGCACACAAUAGGGGAGACGCUGAAACCAACUCGAUGGGAUACUCUAACGUUCCAUUCUGGCAAACAUUCAACUUUCUCGAUGCAUCUCUCUUUGAAUGUCAAAAAACUAUGUCAUCAUUGAUUAAUACCUUUGACCUCGGAAAUGGCGAGCACAGCGCACUUGGAUUUGGUCACCCAAUUCCUCAAACCCGGAAUCCCGACGAAGAGAUGAUUUUUACCUGCAAACCUAACCCAGCCCUUUUUUCGGCAAAGGUGAUGAUGUAUGCGGCGGUGAUCAGCUUGCAAAAUGCUUUGCUCGAAUCCCUUAUGUCGCAGACAUCUCCGGAGAGGCAAUAGCCGAGGCACGCCGAAAGGCGGUGCAGGCGGCAAACGGAAUGGCUGCCUUGCUCAAGCCUAUAAUA